AUGAGAUCAGCGAGCUAGCGGAGGAGAGAGGAGAGAGCGAGGAACGGAGGAGAGGAGCAGGAGGGAGAAUGUACCGAGAGAAGAUCUGAGGAGGAGGAAUAUGAAGAGCGGAGGAAGCGCAGCCCAUCGAUGGCAGCCAUGCUGAGUCCAAAGAUCAGGCAGACCAGGAGAGCCAGGUCCAAGAGCAUGGUGAUGGGAGAGGCAUCACGUGGCUCACCGAGUCUCCAAGAGGGAGUGCUAAAAGCCGGCUGGCUGAAGAAGCAGAGGAGCAUCAUGAAGAACUGGCAGCUGCGCUGGUUUGUGUUGCGUGCUGACCACCUCUACUUCUACAAGGAUGAAGAGGAGACCAAACCACAGGGCUGCAUCUCACUGAAGGGCAGCCAAGUGAAUGAACUGACAGCCAACCCAGAAGAACCCGGCCGACAGCUUUUUGAGAUUGUGCCAGCGGGUGAGAAAGACAAGGCUGCGAUGAGCCAUGAGUCCUUUCUACUCAUGGCCAACUCCCAGAGUGACAUGGACGACUGGGUGAAGGCCAUCAGACGCGUCAUUUGGGCUCCGUUUGGAGGAGGCAUAUUUGGCCAGCGUUUGGAGGACACUGUACAAUACGAAAGGAAGUUUGGUCCUCGUCUCGCCCCUCUCUUAGUGGAGCAGUGUGUGGAUUUCAUCAGGGAGCAGGGUCUUGAUGAAGAAGGCUUGUUCCGGAUGCCAGGACAAGCCAACCUCGUGAAGGAGCUUCAGGAGGCCUUUGACUGUGGAGAUAAACCUCAGUUUGACAGUAACACUGAUGUCCACACUGUGGCUUCCCUGCUGAAGCUGUAUCUCAGGGAGCUCCCCGAACCCGUCGUUCCCUUCUGCAAGUAUGAGGACUUUCUCAAUUGUGCUCAGCUCCUGGCCAAAGAUGAGGAGGAGGGGAUACAAGAAUUAGGGAAGCUAGUGACGACCCUUCCAGCUGCCAAUUACAACCUUUUGAAAUAUAUAUGCAAAUUUCUGGAUGAGGUGCAGUCUCACGCACAUGAAAAUAAAAUGGGUGUGCAAAACCUGGCCACCGUGUUUGGACCAAAUAUCCUCCGUCCCAAAUUGGAGGAUCCAGUAGCUAUUAUGGAAGGCACCUCCCUUGUUCAGCAUCUCAUGACGCUGCUCAUCAGCAAACACGAGCGCCUGUACACUGAAAAAGACUCAGAAACAUCUCAGAACCAGACGGAGCUCAAGGACCAAAGCCAGCAACUUCAGCAGUCCAACCUGGUGGACUGGAUCUCUGAGGAGGAUCUCCACACCUGCCCGUCUGCGGACGCCGCUUUGGCCUCCAAGCCCUCGCCUCAGGGAAAGGGAGAGACAGCCGUCAGCCCUAGUAAGCAGGCCAAGACGCUUCCAGGAUGGAAGUACACCUUCAAAGGCUCCUCGGCCAAAGGAGCCUCCGCGGUGGACGGUGGGAACUGGUUAAUGAACGGUCUGUCCUCACUGAGGGUACACUGCCGAACCUCGUCUGGCGAACGCUCCAGGGACUCGGGCUCCUCUCAGAGACUGUCUACUUACGACAACGUCAUGUCUUCAUCGAGUCUGGGCAGCGUGCUGAGUAUGGACAGCACGCCGUGGUCCACCUCAUCCUGUGAGAUCUCCGUCACAGACUCUGGAGGCGAGCCGCUGGGGACAGAAGACAGGCCGAGCGCUCCGGAGGAACGGAGUGAGGAGGAAGCCAAGCCCGGCGAACACGAGGAGGACGCUGAGGAGAAGCGCGCGAGCGGUUUGUUUUGCGGUGACAAUGGGAGCGUCGCACCAGUCAUUAGAGUCGUGGAUGAAGACGGAGAUGCAGACGAAAGUCCUUCGUCUCUGGUCAGCGUCGUGGCAAAACUGAAAGAAGAGCUGAGGAAGCAGAAACAGACUUAUGAAUCUAGAAUUAAAAAGCUGGAAGAGUCGAGUUCAGCCCUGUGUGCACAGAUGGAGAGACUUGAGCAAGAGAUGGAACAGGAGAGAAAAAGAAAACGAAUGCUUGAGAUCAAACUGAGAAACUCUGAACGGGCCCGUGAGGACGCAGAAAACCGCAAUCGCCUCCUUGAGAAGGAAAUGGAAGACUUCUUCUCCACGCUGGGGGAUCUGGCUCUUGGAAGCCGGACCAGUGACAUUUAAUGCUAAAAAAUAAACACACCCAAAGACAUGAGGACCAGAGACAAUUGUCCUCCAUAAAU